CUGGCCACACUGUAUCUAAUAUGGCGGCGCACGUCAUGCAGGAGCUGGAAAGCUCCGCACAGAUUCUCUUGGCUCCACCUGAUCGAGUGACAGCUGAGCAACGACAUGCGGCCGAGAGGACAUUUCUUGACUUUCAGAACACUCGAGCUCCAUUUGAGCUUUGCAAAUGCAUUUUGGAGACCAGUGCCGUGGGUUAUGUGCAAUUCCAAGCAGCAUCCUUGCUCAAGCAAGGCCUCAUCCGCGAAUGGAAGUUCAUGGAGGUGGGCCAGUGGUCGGCGCUGUCCCAACACCUGCUGCAGCUGCUCGCAUGCAGGCCGAACAUGGAGAACUAUGUGCGUGAGGAACUGGCAUUGGUACUGGCCCUCGGCUCCAAGCGAGCCAGUGUGGAUGAUGGUGCUAUGGCCCUGAAUGACAUUCUACAGCAAUCAACACAAAUGGUGGCUUCUGGAGACCAACAUCUGCAAUCUAUUGGCUGCUCCAUAUUAAGUGCUCUUUUGGUUGAAUUCUCGAGUUCGACACGGGCUACAGAUGUUGGCCUCACGUGGGAGGUUCAUCUCAGAGCCAAGAAGUCAUUUGAAGCCAACCACCUGCGGAAGGUGUUCCAGUUCUGCCAACAGGGCCUUCGAGAGGCAGCCAAUCGCCUGGGAACUGGUCCAGUGCGACCUGAGGACCGUAACCUGCUACGCCGCCUGCUCCUGCUUUCAGAACAGCUGCUGUCCUGGAACUUUCAGUUCUCGAUGCUGUUACCUCGCAAGCUUGUGGGUCUUUUUGAGGCACAGCAGACUCCAACACUGCGGCCUGGCCUUGAAUGGAAAGGGGCGUUUGAUGAAACUCCACAGCUGCUACUACAGCUGUAUGGUGCCUUGAGCCAGGAUGGGGAGCUGGCACACGUGGCCCUGCAGUGCCUUCUGCAGUUGGCCACUCUGAGCCACAGUGGGGAGCGAGAGCACCGGAACACCCACCUCAAGCGCUUCCUCCAAGGCGGACUGCUCGACCUGAUGGCCGUGAGGCCCCCUCGCGCUGGCAUCACUCAGCUGCUGGCACGCCUUGCACUCUUCCACCCACCUGCCCUGCUGCCCUCGCAGGUGCACCUCCCAUACCUUGAGCGCCUCUGUGACCUGGCCAGCUGUGUGCUCCAGACACCGGUUGGAGAAGAUGCCGAGCAGCAGCAGGAAGCACUCGACCACAUUCUAGAUGCAUGGGUUCCUUUGUUUCAAGAGCCGGCAGUGUUUCCUGCUGAACCCUUGAAGGUGGCAACCAUGCGAGUCUUCGAGCUGUACCUGCGUAGUAGACUGGCGGCUCCCGAUGGGACUCGGCCCCCGAUCAACGAUGACGAGGAAGUGGCUGAGGAAGAUGAGGAUGAUCGGGUUCGUUUUCGUGACCAGCUCUCUGUGGUGGGAAUGUUAGGUCGCCACGUUCUGCCUCAUAGCUUGCCCCUGCUCUGCCGGGUUGUGGAGGAUCGCACUCAGCGCCUGCAGGAGUUACUGCAGGGUCAACCUCAAGCUGACAGUCCCAUGACUGCUGCCCACAAGGAACUGCUGGAGGACCUCCACUGGAUAGUACUCAUUACUGGCCACCUCUUGACCACAGUGUGUGAAGGUGAGACCCCUCUAAUCCCCAAAGAAGUGACACAGUUCAGCCUGAACUCUGGUGCUGACACGGCAGCCACGCUUUCCCUGCUGUCACGACUGGGCCAAGCUGAUGCUGUGUCUUCUGUUCAGGGCAAUGUGGACCCAGUGGUUAGACUGAUCGUUGCAGUUCUGCAGCUGUGCCACGUGGAGAGGGCUGCACUGCAGGCGGGCCUCGGUUCCCAGCUCAGCCCUGAAGUGGCCAUAACAUUGGUGUGGUUUCUGCAUCGUUGGGGGCUGACUUACCUGCUGCCAAAUGAGACAUACUACACACAGGAAAGCGGCAUCAUGCGGAUUAUCUUUAAGGGCUCAUUGGGAGGCCUUGUGCAGCAAGUGGGGAGAGAGCCAGCAGCCCCUGCUCGUCAGAUGAGCCCAACGUUAGUUGCGGCAUUCGGACGUGAUUCGGAGGCUGGCCCCUGUGUGCUGGACUGGGUGCUGGGCAAGCUGUGCUCCAACCUGGAGUUGUGGCACAGUGAGACUGCACUGACGCUGUCCACCUGCCAGGCGAUGGUCUCGCUCCUCAACAACGUUGAGAGGGGCCACCGAGCCGCAGCAUGUCCAAGCCUGCUGUCACUAUUACAGCGUCAGUCACAGGGUCAGCUGGGACCCCUAGCACCGGGCUCCCAUCGGGCACUGCUCAAGGCCCUGGUCAUUGCCUGCACAGCCAACAGAUUGCCCGAGGCUCCGAGGCUUUGGGAGGCUCUCCUGGGGCCCCUCAAAACGCGCUUUGAUGAGUUCUUCGAGUCUUGUGUUCAGACACGCUGCCGCUUCACUGAGCCCCAGAAGAGCAAAGCACUCGACCUCCUGGAGAGCCUGUGCGGUGUCGCUGAAGGCACCACACCCAGCAACCUGACCACCAUUCGGCCCAUGCUGCUGCCCCUGCUGGUUCGGCUGUCCUCCAUCGUCGCCAUGCUGCGCUCUGAGGCUACACUGAUAGCUGCCACCACGCAACUCUUUCGAGCUGCAGCUCGCCGAAUGCUGUGCUUUGUGGGGCCGAACGAUGCCACCCAGCUCUGCCACUGCUGCUUGGAACUUGUGCGCCUCUUUGCCAGCCACAGCGCAGGUCUCUUCACAACAGAGGCGACCGCUGAGGAUAGCCACGUUCGUGAAUUGGGGGAGCUGCUGGAGCUAUUGACAGAGCUCCUCUCAAAGGACUUCUUGUACAUGGGUGGUCCGUCCACGGCUACAGCGCAGGCCAGAGGAGCUGCCAACAGCAAUGCCACCGACGAAGCCGCACGAUUUGAUGUGCCAGCCCCUGGCAUAGCUGUGGAAGGCUUGCGGCUUCUCAUGCCUUUGCUCAAUGCUCAGCUGCUGCAGUUUCCAACACUGUGUAUGCAGUACUUCAAGCUGGUGGCUCUGCUCAGUGAGCUACAUCCUGACCGAGUGUGCCAGAUGCCUGAGGAGUUACUUCAGGCACUACUAGGAUCAAUUAGAGUUGGACUGACAAGCUACUCUCCUGAUGUGUCGGGUCUCUGCCUGGAUGUGGUAUCAGUGCUAGCGCUGGAGAUUCACCGACAGGGGCUCCAGACUGGCCCUGCUGGGCGCGCUAUCGAACCCUUCCUGCAGCUGCUCCUAGAGAUGGUGCUACUACAGCCAGUUGAUGCCGAGCUCACACUUUUAGCUGGCAGCGCGCUGUUCGCUCUCCUCUGCUGCUUCCAGGAAAGCUUCGCGCAGCUAGCCCAAGCACUCGUGGCAAGCCAGCAGGAUCCUGCAGUUGGGCAGCGGCUCGCCCAGUCCUUGGAGGCUCUUACUCGAACUCAACCCCUGACUCCAGAACGGCCCAACCGACUCCGCUUCAGGGACUCCUUCGAGGCUUUUGUCACAGAAGUUCGGGGAUUCUUGUGCGUCAAAUGACGCCUCUCAAUAGCUUUUCACUGCCCUCUCCUCAAUCAUCCCUGUCCACUCAACGCUGUUGUCUUCAUCCUUGCGAUGGAAAAAGUCGCAUUCGCAUCUGGAACGAGUAAAGUGGCUUUAUUUCUCUACAAUUUUAA